AUGCUGGUCGCCACUAGGACGAAACGGGAGCGUGCGCGUGGCUGUGGUUGCCAUGGCGACCAGAGAGGGGCGGGUGGCAGCGCCGGGCAGCCAUCAGUGUGCUUUCUGUUGUGUCCGGGGAGUGUGCUGCGCCAACAACCCCGCCAUGAGAGUCCUCAAACCCCCACACUGCUAAGGUCGCCAGCCAACGUCAUGAGUGAUUGUGGUCGGGACAUACUGCACAAGAAUGGAGUUGCAAUGUGGCAGUGUCAACGACCAGAAAACGUCCAUGAAGAAAGGUAUGGUUCUGGAUAUUGCAAGACGGCAAGAAUAGUAGGCAGUCCUCUUGUGAGCUUCGCUGCUUCUGAGACUACACCGGAGAAUGGAGGCGUGCCUUUAACAUUUUCUUUGAAAUUCAGAUGA